CUCGCCGGGGAAGCCCUUAGGCCGCUUUUCUCACCCCCCGAGCCCUGGGAGGGUCGCCGGGCCCGGAGGAGCCGCAGGCCCAGGAAGAUGUCAAGUGCCCGCCCUUCAGGUCACGACUGGAACCGAAAACCAAACACAGAGGAGGAAGAGGAUCCCCUUGACCAAAUGAUCUCCCGCACGGGCUGCGCCGCUUUCCAUUACGCCGUACAGGAGUGCAUGGCAGAGCACCAAGACUGGCGCAAAUGUCAGCAGCAGGUGCAGAGCUUCAAGGACUGCAUGAGCAAACAUCAGAAGCAGCGGGCAGAAGAGCUCCGGAAGCUGCGCCAAACCGCGAGCUGACCAAAGGGGGAUGAGCAAGACGGGCUACCACCUUCCGUGGCGUAAGCAGAAAUAAAUUCAAAGUAGGCUGCAACGGCCUUCUAGGGGUCCUGCUCCAUUUCCAAGGAAGCUGGGAAGAGCCUCAUCUCCCCCAUGGACAAUGGAGGGCCCAUUGCAGAGGCCACAUACUCUGAACACUGAGUUACUGUUUUUAAAACCAGAGAUGUCAAUCAAUUUUCUCCCAAAAAUAAAUAUACUCUUCUUUCUUUGAAA